AUGGGCAGCAUGCAGCUGGGGGCUCAGGCAUACACAAAGAAGGCAAAAGCACGAGCGAGGCGCUCAAAGAUGGCGUUGGCAGUAAGGCAACAUGCAGUUGUAGCCUCAGGCUUACACAAAGCAGGCAAAAGCACAAGCGAGGCGCUCAAAGAUGGCGUUGGCAGUGAGGCGCAGGCAAACAACCAGUCUAUGGGCUGCAAGAUUUGUGAUGAUAGAAACGAUGUUGCCCAACAUGCACAAUGA